AUAGAGGGCACAAAUGGAUCGCAGGUGAAAAGAAAGAACGCUACUGUAUUUUUUCACUGUAUUUAGCGAAAUGAGAAGAAGAGGAACGCAUUCGGAGCUGUUCGUUUGAGCUGAGUGCACAUAUAUGCCCCCGUCCCCGGUGCUGGUGUGGAUGGACUCCGGCACGGCGCCCCCUGCUGCCUCCUCAGGGGCGGUGAUGGCUGGGCCCUCGUCCGUGUGGAGACUGAGCGAUCGCAGAAGCAGGAAGGCGGGCUCUGCUAACAUUUUCAGCUCGGUGCACCUGUGGCAGCUGCAGAGGCUGUUCAGGGCUGCGGGGGACCAGGAUGCCGAGCAGAGGGCACAGCUGGUGUGGGGCAGAGGGGAUGAGGCGGAGCUGGCACAGGCCCUCAUCGCUCUGAGGGCACGAGGCCAGAGGAGGGGCCUGAGAAGCAGAGGAAAAGAUGCACUGGGAGCUCACUGGAUCAGAGCCUUCAACCACCUCAGGAUUGGAGAGAGCUCCCAGAGUCCUGCAGACAAAGACCCUGAAGACCCCUGCAGCGAGCCCGAGUCCGACCUGCACCACAGCGCCCCUGCUGACCACAGCUGGGACUGUCCCUCUCCCCUAGGACCCAGAGAGGAACCAGGGGAGCGGCCAGGCAGGAGCGGGGCAGUGGGGGGCAGGAGAGGAGGAAUAGGAGGAGGAGGAGGGGAGGCAGACCCGGACAGAUACCUCCAUCGAAUCCUGCACUGACACACACCUGUGUAGCGGACAGUGAAUAAGAGACAUUCAGUGAGGAAAAGAAAUUUCUCCAAAAGCCCUCCCUUUGUUCUUAUCUUGGUGCUGUACUGUUCUAUCCAAGUGUUUGCUGUGUUUAAUGACUGUAGUUAUUCCUAAAGCUGCAGGGGUAGCAGUUUAUUUUACAGUCAGCCAAUUUUCUGUUUUAAGUAGAGUUAUACCAAAGUAAGAUUACGAUAUCCUGAACUUUAGACAGUGUUGGGGAAAAUACUUAGUUAGAAUGCAACUGCUGUAUUUUGCAUAAUUAGAACACUUUAGUAUCACAUUUAGUGGUGUUACAUUAUAGUGUAGAUACCACGGACUGUAUAUAUAAAUGGACAUUGCUAACCUGCUAGCCAUGACAUUCCACAUAGGAAGUGAGCAUGGGCGUGCGUUUGGCUCCAUGGACUCUGGCUCCAGUUCACUUUGUAUUGAAAAAACAUCACACCUCUCUGUAACUGCUGCCGUGAGCCUCAUCAUUUUGGUCUUGAUGUUUAUGUUAACUCACUCUACAUGCUCCUGGUGUUUUUAUUUAGCUGUUUUGUCCAUAAAUCUGUUCCUAAUGUGGAACUCGGCUCCAAAUUUGCCCCUGUAACUGCCAGCAUCUGUGAGCCUCAUUUGACCGGAGCUGGACACUAUGGAUGACGUCACACUUCCUUAGUCCACUUCUUUAUACAGUCUGUGGUCAAAACGUGACAUAGGAUUAAAUCUACUAUCAGUUUAUUAGACAGAAAAAUAAUAGUCUCUAACUAAACGCAGACUUUAUCUUGUAUUUCCAGUGAUGGCAACUUCACUAGUUUUGGUUUGCUUCGCAUAAAAAGCAAAAAUCGCACAUGCACAGACCACAUGGCCAUUUUUUCUCUUUUUCUCACCUCAAAAUUAGAAUUCCAAAUACGUAUUUUUAGUAUUGCAUUACUUCCCACCACUGCUCAUAGAAUUCAAACCAAAUAUAUAUAGUGUUAUUUACUGAUCAGAUUGUUUCCAGAUUAAAACCAGGACCAAAACAAGGCUAAAUUACAAAUUAAAACAUAGUUAUUAUAGAUGCAUUGUGUAACUUUUCUGGUGGAGGGUCAAAUGCUUUUCUCCAUGGAUGUUAUUGCUUUGUCUGGAAUGUUUCACCAAACCAGACCGAGUUACACGUCAGAUCUGUGGAGAGACGACACCGCCCACAGUCAGAAUGUCUGUUUUUCUAGGUAUUUUUGAGCUAUAAAACCACCUGUUAUUGAAUCAACAUAAGGUAGAGCUGUUUAAUGUCAUAUUGUGGAACAUCCCAGGCACAGAAAUGAUAUAUCCACAAAAACAAGAUCUAGUGACAGAUCCCCAACUAAAAAGUUACACAGUGCACCUUUAACAAUGUUUUAGAUGUGUCAGAUUGAAAAACUGUUGUGAUAGAAAUGUUUAGUUUCUCGAGUACUGUAUUAGUUAGCUGCAUGCAAUAAUCUAUAAUGCUAAUUCUAUUAUAGUUUACGUACUAGUUUUACGCAGCUUUAGCUCUAUCCUACCUAACCACUGAUGUCACAGAAGGACGCUACUUCUUUUAAAGGCAAGCCAAUUGAAAUGUAUAUAUUUAACGUAUAUUCUUUUUAUUUUUGGGAAUGUCAUGAAGCUGCAUUGCGAUACCUUGCAGUUUGGAUUUUUGCCUUAUGAUUUUACAAACCACAGAACACUACAAUGCAUGACGAUCCCCAAUUAUGUUUUUAAUGUAUUUUAUUUGCAUAUAACUGAGAAGGUUUUGAUAACACUUUCAUUUUUACACUGAGAAUAAACUUGAUGAAUUAAGCACA